UCUUUUUUUUGGCCCGUCCAGCGGCCGUUGCCAUGGGAACCGAAGGGCCGGCCCCGGAGGGGGCUGCGCUGCCCGGCCCGUGCCCCCGGGGGGGCCGCUGAGGGCAGCGAUGGGGGGGCCGAGCCCCCCGGCCCGCCUGGGGGGAGAGGGAGAGCGGCCCAGUCCUCCACGCUCCCAGCAGCCCCCGGUGCGGCCGCUCUGUCCGCCCGCCUCGGUGGUUGGGGCGCACGCUCGGGCCUGGUGAGCAGCGCGGGGCCCCCGGCCCGCUCCCGGCAUGGCCCCCCCGACAGGGAACGUGGUGGACACGCAGACCCCCCGGCUGCUGGCGAAGCAGCUGCGCUGGGACCUGACUGCAGAGCAGAUUGAAGCCCUGGCUGCAGAGCUGACCGAGAGGACCAAGCUGGUGUACGACCGGGUGGGCUCCCAGGAGCAGGGUGAGGUGUCCUACGAGAACACCCUCAAGGCCCUGGCAGACGUGGAGGUGGAAUACACAGUCCACAGGAACAUGCUGGACUUCCCCCAGCAUGUCUCUCCUUGCAAAGCCAUCCGAGCUGCCAGCACCGAGGCUGACAAGAAGCUCUCUGAGUUCGACGUGGAGAUGAGCAUGAGGCAGGACGUGUACCAGAGGAUUGUCUGGCUCCAGGAGAAAGUAGAGAGUGCUUCCCUGAAGCCUGAAGCCAAGAGAUACCUGGAGAGGCUGAUCAAACUGGGCAAAAGAAAUGGUCUCCAUCUCCCCGAGGAAACACAGGAGAAAAUCAAAGAUAUUAAGAAGAAGCUGAGUGUCCUUUGCAUCGACUUCAACAAGAACCUCAACGAAGACACCACUUACUUGCCCUUUUCAAAGGAGGAACUAGGGGGGCUCCCUGAGGACUUCCUGAACUCCCUGGAGAAGACAGAGGAUGGCAAGCUGAAAGUCACCUUGAAAUACCCACACUAUUUCCCUCUCCUGAAGAAGUGCUACGUCCCUGAGACGAGGAGGAAGGUGGAGGAGAUGUUCAACUCCAGGUGCAAAGAGGAGAACUGCCUGAUCCUCAAGGAGCUGGUGGACCUGCGUGCUCAGAAGGCUGAUCUCCUGGGCUUCCCCACACACGCCGACUUCGUGCUGGAGAUGAACAUGGCAAAGAACAGCAGGACGGUGGCGACUUUCCUGGACGAGCUGGCCCAGAAGCUGAAACCCCUCGGGGAGAAGGAACGAGCUGUGAUCCUGGACCUGAAGAAGAAGGAGUGCGAGAAGCGGGGCCUGGAGUUCGACAACCGCAUCAACGCCUGGGACAUGCGCUACUACAUGAACCAGGUGGAGGAGACCAAGUACAGCGUGGACCAGAACUUGCUGAAGGAGUACUUCCCCAUGCAGGUGGUCACCACCGGUCUGCUGGCCAUCUACCAGGAGCUGCUGGGGCUCACCUUCCACCUGGAGGAGAAGGCUCAGGUGUGGCACGAGGACGUCCAGCUCUACACGGUGAAGGACGCCUCCUCUGGGGAGACCAUUGGCAAGUUCUACCUGGACCUGUACCCACGGGAAGGGAAGUACGGGCACGCCGCCUGCUUCGGCCUGCAGCCCGGCUGCCUCCUGCCCGACGCCAGCCGGCAGAUCUCCGUGGCUGCCAUGGUGGCCAAUUUCACCAAGCCCACACCAGAUGCCCCUUCCCUGCUCCAGCACGACGAGGUGGAGACCUACUUCCAUGAGUUUGGACACGUCAUGCACCAGCUCUGCUCUCAGGCUGAGUUUGCCAUGUUCAGUGGGACACACGUGGAGCGGGACUUCGUUGAGGCGCCGUCACAGAUGCUGGAGAACUGGGUGUGGGAGAAGGAGCCGCUGCUCCGCAUGUCCCAGCACUACAAGACCGGCAGCCCCAUCCCGGACGAGCUGCUGGAGAAGCUCAUUAAAUCCCGUCAGGCCAACACGGGGCUCUUCAACCUGCGUCAGAUCGUCCUGGCCAAGGUGGACCAGGCCCUGCACACCCAGACCAAGGCAGACCCCGUGGAGGUGUUUGCCAAGCUGUGUGAGGAGGUGCUGGGUGUUCCUGCCACCCCAGGAACAAACAUGCCUGCUACCUUUGGCCACUUGGCUGGUGGCUACGAUGCCCAGUACUAUGGCUACCUCUGGAGCGAGGUGUUCUCCAUGGACAUGUUCCACACACGCUUCAAGCAGGAGGGGAUCAUGAACUGCAAGGUGGGCAUGGACUACAGGAAUUGCAUCCUGCAUCCUGGUGGUUCCCUGGAUGCUUCUGACAUGUUGAGGAAGUUCCUGGGCCGCGAGCCCAAGCAGGAAGCCUUCCUGGCCAGCAAGGGACUGAAGGUGGAGAGCAACUCGCUGCCUUCAGCCUGCUGAGAAGCUGCUGCAGCCCCUCCAAGUCCAGCCAGCCCCACUGCCUGCUCACCAGUCCUCUCAGGCCACACAAUUCCCAGGACUCCUGUCACCAAACGUAGCCUGGGCCAGCCCCUGCCUGGAGCUCUUCCUCCAGGAUCCUGCUCCGAGCUCACCCUGGGCUUUGGGGAGCUGGGUUCAGCCCUGGUCCAGGGCUCUGAGGUGACAGCUCUGCACAGGGGAGGAAUUGUCACCCCCCCAGGGAGAUGGGGCUGAUGUAGCCCACACCAAUUGGCUGAACUUCGAACGUGAUCACUGCACCAGGGUGAGAUUCAGCCUCGUUGAUCACCAGGGAGGAGGGUGAAAGGAGUUCCCAAACUUGAAUCAUGGUUUUAAAAUCCCUUGUUUUUAAUGAAGCUCCCACUGGGCCGGGCUUGUUUUGUGCCCUGCGGUGCAGAAGUGGCCUGAGCAGCUGGUUGGGUCAUGGCCUCCCUGUCUUUGGGCAGCUGGUGGCUGUGGAAUAAAGAUGGGGAGAUCCCAGAGCAUAAAACCCCAUGGCAUUUCCUGGAAUGUCCUGCCCUCAGCCCUUCCUGGGAGGGGGACAGAGGUGGCUGGGACAGCUCUUCCCAGAGCAGGGGUUCUGGGCAGUGUGGCUGUGUCCCUGCCCACUGUCCUCGGGGGGGUUGUACCUUCCCCAGGGCUGGAUUGGAGCCCCUGGACCAUCCUGGGGCAGCUGCUGCCUUCUGGGCUGGGGUCGUGGCAGGGGAGGGGGUGUUGCUAUUGCUGUCCUUGCUAAGCCAGGGUGGGACAGGGGAGGGCUGUGGAAAAAAAAAAAGCAGCAAACCCAAAGCAACGCAGCUUCAAACAGCCCAGAGGCCGGGGAUAAAAAUACCAGGUGGGCUUGGUGCCAGGCCUGGAGCAGCUUGGGUGGGGCAGGGAGCCCUUUGCCCGGCCUUGGGAGAGCCAGGCUGUGCCACCAGCUGUGCCCUUGUCCCCAGGAGCCCUACAAGUGGUGCCCAUGGGACACAGUGUGCUGUUCCUCCCAGUGGGCAGGGGGGCAGCUCUGGGGGGCAGUGACCCCCAGGGCCAAAGGCCCAUUCUGGGUUUUGCUCCCAUAGGAACCAGGUGGGAGCUGGGAAGUGGUUUGAGCAGUGAGGGAGUGGGGGAGAGAGGGACAGGCUGCCCCCCUGGCUGGCAGAGGAGACCCCAGGGCCUCGGAGGGGAGCCAGGAGCUCCCUCUGGUGUGAGGGGUUCAUGGUGAGGGGCUCCUGGGGGCUGUUGUGCUGUCCUGGUGUCCCAGCCCUGUGGCUCCGUGUGACGCUGUUGGGGGUGGUGGGACAGGUCCCUGUGGCUCUGUCCCCUCGGUCUGAGCACAUGGAGGGGCCCAGGGAGGGCCCUGGUGCCUGUGCUCAUCCCCACCAUCCCGGCCUCCCCCUGGGCUCUUCACUUCUCUCCUCCAGGCUGCUCCACCACAGUGGCUCUGGCUUCCUUCCCCACAGACAAGCGUUGGGAGAGGGGUCAUCCCAAGUGCAGGCAAAGUCCUUGCUGUCACCUCCCUCCCCCAGGCCCCCCUGGUGACACAGGAAGGCUGGUGACACCUUCCCUGGCCUAUUCCCUCUUGUGCUGACAUGUGGAUGGGUCUGUAAGCAGCCAAGUGGCUCCUUGGUGCUUGCUGGAGCCACCUUGUCCUUGUCCCCUGCUCUGUUUUAGGCAUAGUGAGUGUUGGUGCUCUCGACUUUUCUGAGUUGUCAGGGUUUUCUUUCAGACCUCUCAAGGGAGAGAACUGAACAGGGAACUGUCUGCUGUCCCUGCUCCUUCCCAGGCCACACUUAAGUGUUCCUCCUUCCCCAUGCAGCAGUGAUCCUUGGGAGUGACCCCGGCCUCCUCGGAGCUGCCCCUGUGUCCCCCCCCCUCCGUGUCCCAUCCCAUGCUGGUGGGGAAGAAGCUGUUGGUGUGUUGUUUGUUUUUUCCAAAUUUAGGUUUUAUUUUCCUUCUUAACCUUUUUUAAGUGCAACCCAGUGUGCGUGUGUGCAGUUCCUCACGGUCACAUCCCUCCCUGCUUGGGUCAGUGACUGAUCUUAGGCGGUUCCUUGUACUAAUAAAGGUUUUUCCUACAGGA